CGUAAAAUCAAGAUAAUUAGCGUCACGAUAAUUGUUUUUAUUCGAGUAUCAACGCUACGCGGACUCAACGAAUCGACGAAUCGACCGGUGUGAGAAUAACUUAGUUCGUGCGCGCGAACAAGUCGAGCGUCUUUUGCUUCCCGCGCGAUUCUGCGAGGCCGCUUCCGAUUGGCCGACAGCCGCCGCGGCGGCCAAUGACGGCGCGGCUUGGAGAUGGUGACGUAGCGUUUAAAGCGCCGUACGUGCCGAGUUGCGCCCGCGGUCGCCAUGCCAUGCGACCGUCCCGCGUUUGACAGGCCCCGUUUCGGGCGGUUCGCGCCUUCCGCGACGAGGUAAAGUACGAUCGCGCGCGUCGUUAACGCGCGUCGACGGACGCGUCGCGACGCCACAGUGUCGCCAAAGUGCGCGAGUGCUUGUGCCGCGAGUGACGCAACGAGUAACCGUGUUCCUGGCGAUGGGAUCCGCUGGCUCCCGCGCCACGACGACGACGAGGACGACGGUUAGCGGUUGGAUACGGCGAUUGCAGCUCCAACAAUGACGUUUUUGGAGCAAGACGGAUGAGAGGACGAUAGCCUAGUGGAGCACUAUUCGUCCUUGAUUAUGACGCAGCGUUGCCACGGAUUUGGCGAUAUAUCGACGAAAAGUGACAAGACAAAGAAGAUUGUUUCUUUCGAAAUUGACCACGUUUUCCCAAAACGAUGACUGCCGAAAGUGUUGGAGAAGAUUUAUCGUUUGAGACGAAUCUAUCCCUUACGACUCUUGCUGUACAGGAUGUGGUUUACAAAGGGGAAGGAAACGCCAAUAUCGUUAUCGCAUUACCUCACGAGCGCAGAGUAAUACGAUUCCGGAAGUCGCUGCCGGACGAGGUUUCACCGGACGGCGGCAAAACACGCGUGCAACGGGAGGUGUGGUACGCCAGAAACGUGGUUUCCUGUUUUUUGGGCUCUUACGCGCAGAUCCCUCAAAUUGUUCGUUGCGAUGCAGCUGAUGUAGCCAGAUUGUCAGAUGCCAUCCGCCCUCAUCGUCCAGAGAAACGCCAACACAAAGUAAUCACAGACACGUACGCCACAAAGUUUCCGGAUUACACGUUCCUGGAUUUGCGGUUGGGAAUCGAUGAAACCGUGUUUCGAAGUCAUUCGACGUUCUGCGUGGAGAUAAAGCCGAAACAGGGAUACUUGCCAAAGGCGGAGCGGAAAUUUCCCGUAUGCCCGUAUUGCCUCAACCAGUAUGCCAAGCUGCGUAAGGAAGACAUUGCCGCUCGUAGCAAUUAUUGUCCGUUCGAACUGUUUUCUGGAGCGGAAGCGCGCAUGAAAACUGCUGUGAAGGAACUUCUGAGGUCACCGCAAAAUAACCUGAGAAUCUUUAAGGACGGCGUCGUCGUCUACAAUCAAGAAUCGUCGCUCAACGAUCUCGAGGACGUGCUGAACGAAUGGCUUCGGAAUGCGGCGAGCAACGAGCGAGCUCGACGCUCGAACAUCGACGAGUUUUGCAGUUUGGUGUACGCCGCCCUUACGCGGCCUUUCGCACGAGAGCAGCUGGAAGAGUCAUCCAUCGCUUGCUGUAAUUUUCUCCUAUCCGCGAACCAAGCUCCGACAUUCUGCGCCGAACCGGACACAGUCGCGAGAGCUGAACGCUACCUUCGCCUUGCGGGAAAGAAUUGUAAUUUCAACGGCGAUGAACUGCCGAGAAACUCGGUACUGGAGCGAAUUCGAAACAUGCAGCAGUUGUCUUACGUGAAUACCAAUUACAUUUACGGCAUUUAUUCCGACGUUGCAUCGUCACUGAAUGACGAUACGAUAUAUGACGAUUUGAUGAAAUUACGAGACGAGACUCACGUCAGCGCAAUCUUUCAUGCUUUACCCGGCAAAUUUAUGAAUGCCGUCAUUCAGAAGACAAAAUACAUGAAAGAAGUCAAUUCUGAAGCGCUUCUUGAAAGCAACAAUGUUGCAAGAGAAUACGAUGGCAAUUCUAAAGAAAACAGUGCCAGUUCAAAGUGUAUCUUAUCUUCUAAUGUCAAGAGAAUAGUCGUAAAUGGCGAUUUCACGUCGCAAAUAGAAAUUAGUGCCAACCUAGAUUCGCGUCGGUUAUUUUAUGGAGACACGAGUUUGCAUAAUCAGAAAACUAGUGACGAUGACGAGCAAGAGACAAAUAUGCAGAUUAUCGCCAAACAUUUAUCGAUGUUACGAAAUUAUCUUUUAUUCGCCACUGCCAGAGAUUGCUCGAUAUUAAUGACCUUCCGCGAAUUGCAUCCGGAAAAUUUGUCAAAAGUGCCCAUGGAAAAUACGAUUAAGCUUUCGGAGCAACUGUAUUUCUUAAGCAGUGUCAGAGUCUCGGAUUUGGAUCCAAAAAGUGUUCAUUCCAUCAAGAAACAUCGACAACGAGAUGUGGAUAUUUUUGAUUCCGUAAUUUCUUUAUUGGAAGAUGUAGAUGAUUGCCAGAGAAACGAUGCCAGUAAUAAUACAGUAUAAACAGAAUACAUAUACAUACACACACACACACAUAUGUAUAAAUACAAAGAAAGAGUCUAUAUGAGCACUUAAUUGACGAUAUACUAAUCGAUCACUGUUGUUUCUAAUGAAAAGUAUUUUUUUAACUAACCAAUCAAAUUUCAAUUUCAAUCCCUUUCUACAACAUUAAGUAGAUUCUUCAUAUAUUGUGUAAUAUAUAUAAUUAAAUAAGAAGAGAGUUAUCUUUUUCAUAGAGCUUAAUGUAUCUUAGAAAUUACUUUGGAUAUAACAAAUAAUAAG